AUGACCUCUGCUUUCCGCCGCCCGUCCAUGGUGGAAACCCCAAGCGAUGUCGACCUACAUCAACUCCUUGUUCCCUCUUCGUCGAACGAUGUCUCUUCCCAACACCAGGCCAAUUCCGCGUCCUCCGAACCCAGCAGUGAUGCUGGCUCCUUCGUGAUUCCAGACAGUCUCUCCAGAAGCAACUCCGUCUUCUCCUUUUCGAGGGCUUCCUUCAGCAGCCAAAUCGCGAGCCUGACCUCAAUUAACAUCCCGCAAGCCGAGUCCCUCGCUGCCACCGUCAGCUCCCUCCCGACCGCCCGCAAGGCCGUAAGAGCUAUAUCGACUGCGGCAGAGCAAAUACAAUCAUGGAUCAAGAAAGCCUUGAAGGUUUUGGAAAAUCUCGAUGCGGAAGACGAUGUAGAAUGGGCUGCGGCCGCCGGAAGGCUAGGCCUGGACGACACAGACAAAACCAUAACCAAGUUCGAGUCGUUGAUCAACAUGUAUGUUCUAUCAAUAGAAGAACUGCAAUCGCGUCCUGAUAUCGGCGACGCAAAUCCUGAAGAUCUCCAGGCUGUGGUCGAACAGAUGGAAUCGGUUCUGGGCGGCUGGGAUGACGUUCGGAAAGACCUGAAAAAGGUGCAUGAACAGGUGGAGCUGGCCAUGGAAUGGGAAGAGUUGUGGGCGAAAGUCCUUGGAGAUGUGGGCGCAGAGAUGGACGCACUGAGCGCUAUGGUCUUCGAGAUGGAGGAGAAGAGACACACCGCCUAUCAAACACAGACUCACGUCGAUUCAAGCCAGAAUAUCGAUUUGAACGAACUCGAGAGCUUCAUCGAUGAGCCGGCCCAGAAACGGACGACCCCAAACUCGCGGUUCAGCAUCCCUUCAUUUGAGUCGUCCCCCCUUGGAUCUCCCAUCAUCGAAAACCCGCAGGACGACUCCAACUUGCUAGCCCUUUUUGCAAGGAUGCAGCCCCUCAGGGCUUCGUUGGAUUUCUUGCCUAUGCGGAUGUCCAUGUUCCAGUCUCGAGCGGAAAAUAUCUUCCCCAUUGCUUGCAGAGAGCUUGAUGAUAAACGCGCACGAUUAGAGAGAAAUUGGACCGAGUUGUCAAAGGAGGCAGAUACCCUUCGAAGAGAGCUUAGUGAAGAUCGUUGGGUGAUUGUUUUCCGCAACGCUGGCCGACAGGCUCAGAAAAUGUGCGAUUCAGUCGAGCGAAGUAUCCUGAAGGUCCAGGAAGCCAUACACGAAAAUUUCCAAGCAACGAACCCGUCCGCUCUGGCCAAGAGGAUCGAGAGUUUCGAGGCGAAGAAGCUCCACUACAGCCCGGCUAUCCAACGGGUGCUUGGAAUUAUCCAAAAAGGCCUCAAGGACCGCUUGACGGUAAACGGGGAGAUCCUCCGCUUGCACAAGGAUUUAUCAUCUAGAAUGCGGGAUCUUACAGACACGAUGGAUGACCUUGACAGCCUCCUGGAGCCCGUCACCUCACGGCAGAACUCGAAACUGCGAGAAUCAAUCUCGAGCAUCGUCUCGGCAGAUCGCUCGUUCACCAGCACCACUUUUGCAGGCACUCCAGGUAGUUCUCCUCCCUCGUCGGUUGAUCUUCCCCCGCAAAGACACGAAAAGCCUACGUCGAAAUACGGUCUGAAUGGGUACACGAAACAACGCACUCCAUCGACCAGCAGGCCGCCUCCUCCUGUUUCAAGCAACAAACGAAUGUCGAUGCUGCCCCAGACGCGGCGACCCACCACACCAAUGUCCCAUUCGAGCAGCAGUGCACUUCGACGUGGAACCUCACCUAUGCCGGGUCCUCCAUCUGUAUACCGUCAAGGCGUCUAUACUCCUCCGGUGGUACCUGCGCCGCGACCAGAACCAACACCUCUUUCUAACAAACCCCGAUGGUCAGCUGUUGUGAAGUCGUACGAUAGCACGAUAGCGCCGUCGUAUCGAUCUUCAUCCACCACAACACCGUUAACCUCGAGAAGGUAUACUCCACGAUCGAUCUCUUCCAAUACUGCUCUGCCACUGCGGAGCCCUCUCAGUCGCGAAGCAUCCGCAUCACCGUCCACACUGCACCCUCUUGCGAAGAGAGAUAGCCAACAAUUCAGGUCUUUCGCUGAGCGUGUCGCGGACCCUUUGCCAACGAGAACCAGCAGUUUGUUAGACCCCGUACCGUAUCACAAGACCAGGAAUUCGAGUGCCCCAGCGCCCGGAACCAUCCGAUCACCGUCUUCACUCGUGGUCACCAAUCCAAACAAGGCUCAAAUGAGCGGAGGGGCGCACCAGCGUCCACCUUCAUCUCUUAGUAGGAGCUACGGCUCCUCACAUGUCCCAUUGCGAUCAACAUCUCACAAUCCUCGACUUGAUAACAGGCUGGAAGGCAGUCCUAGGAAGAACGAAGACGGUUCGGAGGAGAAUGACAGAGCCAGUGAGAACGACGAGGACCAAACCACCGAACCGAGUUCGAGUCCUCUGUCGAAGCGCACGAUUACCAGACCCAGCAGCGUUAUGGCCAUGAGUGGGAAAGCGAAACGGAUGUCGUUAUUACCGGUACCAGUUGGAAGUGGCCGACAGAGUUCAUUGGGGUCGAGGAUUUCUUGA